AUGGCUGGAAGAGCUAGCCAGUCACACAAAGACAGUUUCCAUGUGGGACAUUACACCGCCUGCUCCGACUCUGUUGCCGACGCAAAGGAUGCCUUUGCCAGGAAUGUGGCCAGGAUGACUCAGCAGCUACUGCGGUAUCGGGAGCACGACUGGCGGCCGGUUCAGUACAGGGAUGCCUUGGCAGCAACCGCACCUGCCCGCCUCGAAGAGCACGAAGAGCCGGACGAGCCCAAACCACGAUCUCGCAUGCUUGUGAGGAGGCCUGGCAGCUUGAGUGCUGAAGAGCGGAAGGUCGGGGCAAGCACGCCAGACCCUCCCGCGAUGAGUGGCGCCGAACUGCUGCAAGCGCUGUUGAAGGAGUGCACACUGGGCAAACAGCAACUGUGUGGUGCGGGCAGCCCAGCUCCAAGCCACAGCAGUUCUUCGUCGCGGUUGCCCGAACCAGAGCCAGCUUCGAGGGAGAGACACACGGAGUCCAAGAAGGAGCUGGAACUCCAGACCGAGCUGAACGAGAGCCGACGGGCCUUGGAGAAGAUGGCGCUCAUGCUGCACGACCGCGAGGAGCAGCUCCGGCUUGCGGAAAAACGCCCGGCGGUCCAAGCCCAAGCCACGCAAGCCACGCAAGCCUCGCAAGCCUCGCAAGCUGUCCAAGCUGCAGCCGGCUCCCCGCCACCGAAGAUGAGCCCACGGAUGGCGGCCAAGGAGAGCAUCGAGCAGAUCGAGCAGUGCGUGCGAGAGCGGGCGAAAUGCGAGGUCCUGCGGGCCGAGCUGGCGGAGCGGGACGUCGAAAUCCAGCGGCUCCGCGCUGCCGAGCGGGCGACAGAACAGCGAGCCGCCGAAGAGCUGCGCUGUGCUCGCCUCGAGCUUGCAGAGACGCGGCGCCAGCAGGAGAUCCUGGGUCUGGAGAUCCAUGAGGCAGAGCUGCUUCGCCAGCGGCGGCCUCUGCUGGAGCUCCUUGGGCUCCCUCCGAAAGCCACCCCCGAGGCCAAGCGCGAGCGCCUUGCGGAGGCCGUGGCCACCCUGAAACUACUGGUGGAGGAGUUGACAGCUGCAGAGGCUCCAGAAAGGGAGGCCUGUUUCGAGGAAGGCCGCUCCUCUACGACACCGGCGAAGGUGCGUGCCAAGGAGUCGCAGCAAUUGAGCCCGAUUUUUCCUGCGAUGGGGCUUCCAGGAGCGCUUGGCUUGCUGAAGCUUGAGCAACCGUGGCAUGCUGGGGAACGAGUGCUUCAGAAGAAGCAGGGCACCGUCCACUCUUCCGAUGAGAUGGGGCCGCACAUCUACCACAAAGUCAUUCCUGAGUCGUGGAGGGACAUGGUCGGCCCGCAGCCGCAUUUCAUGGUCAGUUUCUUCGAUCCUGACACAAACGCUAGCUGGUCCUCUCUCAUCUUCGCACGACCGGGUUUUGCUGACUGCGAGACCUCUGACGGAACUCACAUCGAUAUCGCGGCUGCCCUUGACCCGCGCGAUGCAGCAGCAACUGCUGGGAUGAUGAAGCCAAGAAUUAUGGUCGGUGCGCUUGCCAUCGACUUCAUGUCGCGACGGCGGAAUCGCUUCAAUGGAGUCAUCCGACAGGUCCACAAAAACGGACACUUUUCGAUCCGGGUCCGCCAGGCCUUCGGAAACUGUCCGAAAUACAUCACAAGGCGCAGAGUUCGGAAGAUGGGCAAGAAUCUCGAGUUUGCCAGCGAGCCGGUGAUGGAGGCAUCCAAUGUCGGCAAGUUGGAAACUGCCAUCAUCACAAGCGCAGAUAACAUGUACUUUGGAACAGGCACGGCAGAGCAUGGAGCUGACAUGAACCUUCGUGGUGGCUCCCCAGGUUUCGUGCGCGUCCUGCACGGUGGAAGUACAAUCUGCUGGCCAGACUACACAGGGAACGGAUUCUACAUGAGCCUGGGCAAUGUGCAGUUGCAGAAGUUUGCCAGUCUGGUGUUCGUGGACUGGGACGCCACAGGCCAUGGUGUUCAAGUUGCCGGAAGUGUCUGCACGGUUGAGAGGUCCGAGGUCGUGGAUGCAGAGCUGCUCAGAGUCCUAGGGGAGGAACCGCAGGCCUUGAGACUGGUGGUGAUGUCGGUGAAGAGUCUCCGCUCCAUCCCGCGAUACAGCCCUCACGUCUAUGAGAAGGUAGAGCUGAGCCCGUACAAUCCCCGGCCAAAAGCAUUGGGGCCGGAGUACUUGGCAGUUCUCCAGUGGGUGCGCCAAGAGUCCCGGGAUGUCAGGACCUUCGAGUUUCAACUGGCACCGCUUCCCAAGCCAGGAUCGCUUGUCUUGAAGCCAGGGCAACAUGUCCGGCUUGCGCUUCCUGCGCUGGGGACGGAAGCUUCGCCAGCCGAAAGAACCUGGACGGUAACCUCUUCGCCUCAGUGGCUUGCAGACCAUGGUCGCUUCCAGAUCUCAGUGAAGCUGAAGCGUGGCGGCCUGGCAUCGACAUGGCUGCACAAGCUCAGCCGCGAGGAAAUGAAGGGAGCCAACAUACACUUUCUUGGCUUCUCGGGUGAAUUUGGCCCACAACUUGAUCCCAGCAGCGGCGAGCUGCGCAGCCAGAUCGCCAUGCCACGACAUUCCGUGUUCUUGACAGCUGGGAUUGGCUUGACCCCGGCAGUGGCGGCUCUUACCGCGAUUGCAGAAUCGGGCCCCCGUCCUCAGACUCUCACAAUCUUCUACUCAGUUCGUGAGCUCUCAGAAGCGGCUUUCUUGGAGCUGCUGGCCUCGGCUGGUAGGACCCUUGUGCAGUUGCGCGUCACUUAUCGAGUCAUACUCCUGCUGACUGGGCCGGAUGCAUCGAAGGAGAGGAGGAAGCUGGAGGGGAUGCUGAGGCAGAACUCCAUCAGCUCCCUGCAGGUUGAAGCCGGCAGGCUGUCGACAAAGGUGUUGACAGAUCACCUGCCAGCCAAAGCAAUUCAACCCCACGAGACCAUCGAAGCCUUCAUAUGCUUGACCUUUGCGCACAGGGAACGCCCCCAAAUGCUGGCCGCCACAGUUGGAGUCAAGCGUGCUGAUGCGAAAGUGGUUACCCGUCCGAAGGAGGAGAUGGUGGGCGCUCCUUGA